AGCUGCAGCUAACAUUGAGCCGAGCUAGAAAUUCGAUUUUAAACGAUUUUAAAGUAAUUACAUGCUACUGCAAUUGAAUUGUUCAUUUCUCGCAAAGGGAACGAACAAUAUUGUCAACGUUUUCGUUUUUAAUAUAACCGGGAGUUUCCAAGAAUUAAUGCGAUGAGGUGUAAUUACAAUUGAUCGUUGAUGUUGCUUUACCGUCUCCGCUAUGAUUAUUCAAUAUUCAGUAUAUACUUUCACGUUAUCACGCAAAUCACACAACAUCUACGUGUGGUUUUUACGCGUGUCGUGACUGCUUACUUUUACCUGUUUUCAAAGAGCGAUGAAACACGCAAGUACUAUCAAUCGCGGAGUUGAGAUCGGCCUUCGUUUCAUCGGUAUGUGGCCAGAUUCGGCUUAUCCGACUCUCUACUGGUCCACGUACAUGACAGUGAUAGCAGUGUUGCAGUAUUUUCAGUAUUCAUACGUGAUUGCACAUUUUGACAUAAGUAAUCUUCAAAUCCUCACGGAUUGUCUGGGUCUUGCCUUAGCGACCACGCUCGCUUUUUUUAAGCUGUUCGUUUUAAUGUGGAAUCGCAAGAUAUUUUACAAUAUUCUGGCAGCAAUGGAUAGAGACUGGAACGAGUGCGUUAUCAGCGGUUAUGGAUCCACUAUGGUGAUAGCCGCGUCUCAAUCGCGUCGUUCUUCUGUCGUGCUGAUCGGCAUUCACGCUCUAGCUGGUUUUUUCUUUUCGGUCGGUGCUUACGUGAUUCGCACGGUGAACAAUAUUCACACUGAUGAACCCGGCACCAUUCCCCGUGAAUUCCCAGUUAAAAUGGACGUUCCUCCCGAAGUUUUGGAAACGCCGCUUUUCGAAUGCAUCCUUGUCGGACAAUUUCUUUAUGAGUUGUCGCUAGCUUCUGUAGUCGGUAUGAUAGACGCGUUGUUCGCCGCGCUGAUAAUUCACGUAGGAGGACAAAUAGAUAUUAUGCGACAAGUCGUAAUGGAAAUAUCCAAUAGCAACGAUCUCGACAGAUCUUUAUCCGUCAUUAAAGAUCUUAUUCGUAGACAUCGAAAAAUUAUUACUUUAGCAAAUGAUAUUGAAGAUUUAUUUUCGUCCAUUGCGCUGAUGCAACUACUAUGGAAUACUUUAAUCAUCUGUUGCUCCGGUUUUAUGAUCAUACUUGCUCUUAAUAUGAAGAAAGGCACAGCGAUUUUGAUAAAGUCUACGCUGCUUUACGCUUGCAAGACAUUAGAAGUUUUCGUAUUCUGUUACGCAGGAGAAUUUUUAAGUUCCAAAAGUAAAUCGAUUAGUGACGCGAUAUAUGAAUCGCUUUGGUACAAGUUGGUACCGUCCAACUCUCGUGCGUUGUUAUUUAUAAUGUUGCGAUCGCAAAAGAGACUGACAAUCACUGCAGGGAAAAUAGUUGAUCUCACUUUAGAAGGAUUUAUGAGCGUCAUGAAAGCUUCUGUUUCGUACAUGUCUGUACUACACGCUAUGUAUUAAAUUGGAAGAAGUAUUAUCUAUCCACAGUUUAAUAAAUGCUUCGCGUUGGUGAUAAAUUAUCGUCGCAAGUUUUGCCAACAGACACUUGUUACAGACGUGAUUAAAAUAGGUAGUAUUAUAAUA